CGCCGAGCGCCUCCUCGGGCCUGCUGACACGGUGUCUGUGGGAGCGCCUCUUCGAAAGCGUCGCAACACAGUAGUUUCCCGAAACGGACUUGAGUUUUUCCUCUUACUCUGAAACUUCAGCCGUCUAUCCGGAACUACUGUUGGACGUACCGGCUGUCACGUCGGACGAUUUCGAGUCGGAACAGGAGUGACUGCAGCCACGUGAGUGCUUCCCCUUCCCCGCCUGCUGCUGCUGUUGCUGCUGCUGCCGUGGACGUCAGCGCCUAUCGUUUUGUCAACACGCUGAAGAAAAGGACGCGCUCGGAGUGGGAGCGUCCACAGCGCGCGGCGGAGGGGGAGAUGAUUGCUGUGGAAAGCGGGCUGUACAUCGGAGCCGCCUCGGACCUGCGGCACUGCCAGGAGCUGCUCGGCGCCGGGGUCACACACGUCCUCACUGUGGAUUCGGAAGAGCCGCACGUAGCCGCGCUCUUCCGCACGCACUUCGUCCGCGCUCUGGACGAGCCCGCGUGCGACCUGCUGAGCUCUUUCGACGAGUGCGCGCGCUUCAUCGCGGACGCCCUACGGACGGGUUGCGGGGCAGUCCUCGUGCACUGUCACGCGGGCCAGAGCCGGAGCGCCGCCGUGGUCGCCGCCUUCCUCAUGAAAAGGCGCGGGCUGAGCGCGACGGACGCCCGCUCUCGACUGCGCACCAUCAAGCCCGACGUUCAGAUAAAUGAAGAGUUUCUGCGGCAGCUGGAGUUGUACGAAUUAAUGAACUGUGAAGUGGACUUUACCAGCCCUGUGUAUAAACAAUACAGACUGCAGAAAAUCACAGAGAAAUACCCAGAGCUUCAGUCCGUGCCAAAGGAGGUGUUUGCCACUGACCCCUCGACCGCAGACGCUCCAAGCAGUGAGGUCAUUUAUAGAUGCAGGAAAUGUCGACGUACCCUGUUUCGCAGCUCUAGUAUUCUCAGUCACGAUGCUGGGGGUGGUCCUGCUGCGUUUGCUCAUAAGAAGUCACUGAAAGGGUCCCGCAACGACGCAGGGUGUAUGGAUCCAACGCAGUGCACUUCCUACUUCAUUGAGCCUGUUCAGUGGAUGGAACAGGCACUGCUGGGUGUUCUGGAUGGACAGCUCUUGUGCCCAAAGUGUAGUUCCAAGCUCGGUUCAUUCAACUGGUACGGCGAGCAGUGCUCCUGCGGUCGAUGGGUGACGCCCGCUUUCCAGAUUCAUAAAAACCGAGUUGAUGAAAUCAAGCACAUCAACAUAUCUGCCCUUAAAUAAUGGAACAAAGAAUUGAUUUCAAGCCCUACCUUCGAGUCUCGUAGCAAGGAUUUGCCAAACUGUCGGCUGUUAGUCAUGUUUCAAAGCCAUUUUUUGUUUGUCAGUAAACUCUUUGUUCAGCACAAAGAUAAUUUAGUUCCCACUGUUUACGUGUAUUUCAUGUACAGUUCUAACUUUUAUUACAUUUUUAAGAACUCUUUCCAGAUAUAUCAACAGUAUUCAGAUGUAGUAUUCAGUAAAUAAAGGAUGUCAAAACUG